GCCAGCUCUCAUAUCUACAUUCGCACCAAAAACUCCAUUCGGGGGAGAAACCCUAUAAAUGUACGGACUGUGGGAAGACCUUCAUCAAAAGCUCUGCACUUAUGGUCCACGCAAGAGUCCAUACGGGGGAGAAGCCCUAUCAGUGCUUGGAGUGCGGGACGAGGUUCACCGCGAACUCUGCCCUUUUAGUGCAUCAGAGGAAACACACCGGAGAGAAGCCGUACCAGUGUGCCGUAUGCGAGAAGAGCUUCAACGACGGUGGUGCCUACAGCAAUCACUUGAAAAUCCAUACAGGAGAGAAACCCUUUCAGUGCUUGGUCUGCGGGAAGAGCUUCCUGAGGAACUAUGCUCUUGUGGUGCACCAGAAGAAGCACACUGGAGAGAAACCGUAUCAGUGCGCAGAAUGCGGAAUGAGCUUCCGGGUCCGUAGCACGUUGCAAGUACACCUGAGAACCCACACCGGGGAGAAAUCCUNAGCAAAUGUCCAAAGGGACCAAUCCAAGAAAGAAAAGGACUGGUUUGAAUGCAAUUUUCCUGCUUCUUGGCAGAAUGGGGUUGGGCUGGACGGCUCGCUAGGUCUCUUCCCAUUCUAUGAUUCCGUGGAGCCAUCGACUUCUCAGAGGACGGAGAAUAGCGAAGCCCAGGACCCUCCGGAACGUCAGCAACAAGUGUGUCCUGUCUGCGGGAAAUUCUUCAGAUAUAAAUCCCAGUUCAUUAUCCAUUUGAGAAUCCACUCGGGGGAGAAGCCCUACACGUGCACGGAAUGCGGGAAGAGCUACACCCAGCUCUCUUACCUGAAUGCACACCAAAAACUCCAUUCCGGGGAGAAACCCUAUCAGUGUACGGAAUGUGGGAAGAGCUUCAUCCGAAGCUCGGCUCUGACAGCCCAUGCAAGAGUCCAUACGGGGGAGAGGCCGUAUCAGUGCUCGGAGUGCGGGAAGAGCUUCACCUCGCACUCCUCGCUGUCGGUGCAUCAGAGGAAACACACAGGAGAGAAGCCGUACCAGUGCGCCGAAUGCGGGAGGAGCUUCAGCGACGGGGGCGCCUACAACAAUCACCUGAAAAUCCAUACCGGAGAGAAACCCUUCCAGUGCUUGGUCUGUGGGAAGAGCUUCCUGAGGGAAUACGCUCUUGUGGUGCAUCAGAGGAAGCACACUGGAGAGAAGCCGUAUCAGUGCGCAGAAUGCGGAAAGAGCUUCCGAGCUAUCAACACCUUGCAAGUACAUCUGAGAACCCACACCGGGGAGAAGCCGUACCAAUGCGCGGAUUGCGGCAUGAGCUUCCGUCACCGGGGAGCAUGCACCAGCCACCAAAGGACUUUCACGGGGGAGAAGCCGUACAAAUGCACCGAGUGCGAGAAGUGCUUCAGUCGGUCUCAGAACCUACGUUCGCAUCAAAAGAUCCACAGCAAGGAGAAGCCUCACAAGUGCGCAGAGUGCGGGAAGGGCUUCAGCGACAGCAGUUCGUGCAUCAAGCAUCAGAGGACCCACAGUGGGGAGAAACCAUACAAAUGCACCGAGUGCGGGAAGUCCUUUGUGGAUUCCGGGUCGUGCGUCAAACACGAAAGGACCCACACUGGGGAGAAGCCCUACCAAUGCGCGGAGUGCGGGAGGAGGUUCAACCACCGGGAAAGCCUCUGCGUACACCAGAGGACCCACUCAGGGGAGAAGCCGUUCAAAUGCCUGCAGUGCGGGAAGAGCUUCAGCCAGAGCGGGAACCUGACUUCCCACCUGAGGACCCACACAGGAGAGAAGCCCUACCAGUGUUUGGAGUGCGGGAAGAGCUUCAGCAGUGGCAGCACAUUGAAGGUGCACCAGCGGGCCCACACGGGAGAGAAGCCUUACAAGUGCCUGGAGUGCGAGAUGAGCUUCCGUGACAGAGGAUCCUAUAUGCGGCAUCAGAAAACCCACACGUUGCCGAAUGGCGAGGGGUUGCCGGAAUUGCAUGAUUUCCCUGCUCCCAUGACUCCCUCGUUGGACGAUUCUCAGAAAUCGAAAGGGAUAGAAGGUGAGAAGAUGUUCAUUAAUAGUGAAGGACCUGCUAUACGUGAAAGAAUACCCAUCGUGGAGAAGCCAUAUCAAUGCAUGGAGUGCAGGAAGAGCUCCAGUGAGCAUGGGGCAUGUGAGGAACAUCAACGAACCCACAUGGAGGAGAAAUGGAAAGAGAUGGAAGGCGAGAAGAUGUUCAUUAAUAGUGAAGGACCUGCUAUACCCAUUGCGGAGAAGCCAUAUCAAUGCAUGAAUGAGCGUUGGGUGUGUGAGGAACAUCAACAAACCCAUUUGAAAGAAGAGGAGAAAGGUCAAGAGAUGGAAAGAACAUCCAUCGUGGAGAAGCUAUAUCAAUGCAUGGAAUGCAGGAAGAGCUUCAGUGAGCAUGGGGCAUGUGAGGAACAUCAACGAACCCACAUGGAGGAGAAAUGGAAAGAGAUGGAAGGCAAGAAGAUGUUCAUUAAUAGUGAAGGACCUGCUAUACGUGAAAGAAUACCCAUUGCGGAGAAGCCAUAUCAAUGCAUGGAAUGCAGGAAGAGCUUCAGUGAGCAUGGGGCAUGUGAGGAACAUCAACGAGCCCACAUGGAGGAGAAAUGGAAAGGGAUGGAAGGUGAGAAGAUGUUCAUUAAUAGUGAAGGACCUGCUAUACGUGAAAGAAUACCCACUGCGGAGAAGCCAUAUAAAUGCAUGGAAUGCAGGAAGAGCAUGAAUGAGCGUUGGGUGUGUGAGGAACAUCAACAAACCCAUUUGAAAGAAGAGGAGAAAGGUCAAGAGAUGGAAGCCAGGAGGACGUACGGUCAUAUGAGGCCACCCGCUGAACGUCAAAGAAUGUCCGGAGUGGACAAGCCGUACAAAUGCAUGGAAUGUGGGAAGAGCUUCAUUAGCACCAAUGCUCUCAUAUUGCACGAGAGAACCCACACCGGGGAGCGGCCUUACGAGUGCGCCGAGUGCGGGAAGGGCUUCACGAUGAGCAGCGCCCUGACGUUGCACGAGAGGACCCACACGGGGGAAAAGCCGUACGAGUGCCUGGAGUGCGGGCGGUGCUUCAGCGAAGGUAGCAAACUGAUCAUCCACGGGCGGAUCCACACCGGGGAGAAGCCCUACAAGUGCAUGGAGUGUGGGAAGACCUUCUCGGUGAGGAGCGCCUUGGGUUUGCACCAAAGGACCCACACCGGGGAGAAGCCGUAUCAAUGUACAGAAUGCGGGAAAAGGUUCCGCGUGAGCAGCCACCUCACCUCCCAUCGGAGAACCCACACGGGCGAGAAGCCCUACAAGUGCGCCGUGUGUGGGAAGAUGUUCAGCGACAGUGGAGCGUGCACUAAGCACCAGAGAAUCCACACCGGGGAGAAGCCCUACAAGUGCAUGGAGUGUGGGAAGACCUUCAUUAGCAGCAAUUCCCUUGCAUUGCAUGAAAGAAUUCACACGGGAGAGAAGCCUUACAAGUGCACAGAGUGCGGGAAGAGCUUCAACCGGAGCGGGACACUCACGUCCCAUCAGAGGAGGCACACGGGAGAGAAGCCCUACACCUGCGUGGAGUGCGGGAGGAGCUUCAGCGACAGCGGGACCUGGGUGAGGCAUCAACGGACCCACACCGGGGAGAAACCCUACACCUGCACAGAGUGCGGGAAGGGAUUCAGCCAGUACGGUGCAUGCACCAUCCACAAAAGGAUCCACACGGGGGAGAAGCCGUAUCAAUGUGCAGAGUGCGGGAAGACCUUCAGCCGUCGGGGUGCAUGCACUAAACAUCAACGAACCCAUGCGGGUUGCGGAGUGUUGGAAAAGCAUCUCCCUUCUGCCCAAGAAGCCGUUUAGUGGAGAAAUCACACUCCAACAUAUGGACGUUGGAAGCCACUUCACUGUUGACAGCUUUUAGAUUGCACAUUGAAGUAUCUACACUGAUGUUAAUUGUGGGAUGCUGGUACAUGAAGUGAUUUAUAGUUUCCAAAUCAAGACCUCUCUGAACCGUUGCAAGCUGGAUAGCAAGCGAAACACAGCAGAGUCCUUUCACAGCAAAAACAUGCUUCAACCCAUCUAUCGGCAAGAGUCCAACUGCCAGCAUCUGACCUUAUGUACACACUGUUUAGUAAACUCAUGGAUUCAGGUUUUAAUCCAAAAGAUGAGUCUACACUGCCAUAUAAUCCAGUUCAAAGCAGAUAAUCUGGAUUUUAUAUGGACCUAAAGGAUUGAGCGGCGCUCCAUGCAGUCAUGCCAGUGGCCACAUGACCUUGGGGGUGUCUACAGACAACGCUGGCUCUUCGGCUUAGAAAUGGAGAUGAGCACCACACCCCAGAGUCAGACAUGGCUGGACUCAAUGUCAGGGGACUACUUUUACCUUUACCUAAAGGAUUGAGCCUAAGUCUCCCCAGAAGAGAGCUUGUUCUCCCAAGAAACCAUUUGGAAGUGACUUUAUAUGGAAAGAGUUGCAUUGUUUUAAUCAAUUUGUUCCAAAUUCUUCUUAACGCUAUCAGUUGUUUCAUAGCCUCAUGCCUGUUUUUAACUCUUAUGUUUUAAUCUGUACCAGUUUUUAAAAGUGGGUAAAUUCAAA